CAAUGGAAGAUAUGAGAGAUUCAACAGCAAUGCCACAGAUUGUGAAGAUUGUGAGGUUGGUUGUUAAGUUUCAUCCGCUAUUGACAGUGACCAAUCUAAUCUUUGGGAUAAUAUUUCUACAUGAUUGGAUUGAAGAGGAGGUGAGCAAUCAAUGGAAAUUUCUCAAGGUGUGUUGCCAAUCAACAAUGAAAGCUUUGUUGGAUCCAAUUACAAAGAAGAUGAAGAAUCUGUCAGAAGCCCUCCAAAGGCAGUUCAAUAACGAAGCGCCAAAGGGUCAUCUAAAGGCCAAGCUGAUAGGUAAACUCGCCCUCUUCUCCGCUGCAUUUCUUCUAUUGGAUAUAGACUUUGGAGUGAACUCCGAAUUCUCCGUGGAAGCUGCAGCUAUGCCAUAAAUUCAACAUCAAACUUCACCUCCUUUAUGCUAGCUCUUCUUUUUAAAAAAUUUUAUGAUAAUUCUUUGAGGAGCCUCAGUUUUAUGUUGUGCAUUGCAAUUUUUUUUCUAUGUUUGUUGGUGGUAUUACGACCACGAACAGACCUUGGGAUGUUUAGUUUUAUCACUGGAGUCAUUGGAUCCAUUACUUACAACCGAUACGAGUUCAAGUUUCCAACGUGGAUAAUUGCCUCCAUUUGUUUUGUGCUAUUCAGUUUCAAGAGUUGGAUGGAUAAAUACUGGUUGGAUUU